AAAAAAUAGAAAAGACAGCUGUCUGUUGCUGUUGCUAUAGCAACGAAUAUGUUUAUCGUUUUAGGUUAUAAAAGUUAUCGAAUUAAUAAAGUUAUAAACAGUAACUUCUAUAACAAUGGAAGAUCUAGAUACUCCACAAAUAAUAACACAUAUAGAGAGUAAUUUGAAUCAUACACUAUUUGAUUGCAAAUGGAUUCCAUGUUCAGCGAAGUUUGUCGUCAUUGGGUCUUUGCCAAAGGGAAGUGGAAUGGUAGAAGUCUAUGAAAUAACAUCGGGAGAAGCUAAGAAACUAAAGGAAAUUGAAAGACCUAACUCAUUCAAAUGUGGUACUUUUGGAGCGAGUAGCGACGUGGAACGUAGGCUUGCCACCGGUGAUUUUAAAGGCACCUUAGAAAUAUGGGAUAUAGAGAAGAGUUGCCAAGUUUACAUAACAAGAGAGCACAAAGAUAUUAUAAACUCAAUAGAUGGAAUGGGAGGGAACACAACAAACUGCGGUGCCCCAGAAAUUGUCACUGGAAGUCGUGAUGGCACAGUGAAAGUAUGGGACCCCCGUCAACGAGGCAAGCCCGUAGCCAACAUGCAACCGAGAGAAGGCGAGAGUCGUCGUGACUGCUGGACAGUGGCGUUUGGCAACUCCUUCAACGACGCGGAGAGAAUUGUGCUUGCCGGUUAUGACAAUGGUGACCUGAAAAUGUUCGAUCUCCGUACCAUGUCAUUGAGAUGGGAGUGCAAUUUGAAAAAUGGAGUGUGUUCAGUUGAGUUUGAUCGCAAGGACAUUCCUAUGAAUAAAAUAGUGGCCACUACCCUCGAAGGGAAGUUCCAUGUCUUCGAUGUCAGAACACAAAACCCGACUAAAGGAUUCGCUCAGGUUCUAGACAACACAACCAAAAGUGGUACUAUAUGGGUGGCGCGACACCUCCCUCAAAAUAGGGACGUAUUCAUUACAUGCGCGGGCAAUGGACACGUUACGCUAUGGAAAUACUUAUACCCCGAACAGCGAUGCCGCACGGACGACAAGGGCGCCGCGGUGGGCGUCCCGGGGAAACUCAAGCGGCUGCAGCGCAUGGUGAUCAGCUCUCAGCCAAUCAACGCGCUGGACUGGAACCGCGACCACACCGGAUUGGCUGUCUGCACCGCGUACGACCAGUGUAUUAGGGUUCUUAUUACUACCAAGCUCAAUUUGCUGUAAUUUAGGUUAUGAUUAUUAAAUUAUUUUAUAAAUAAGUAAAUACUAAUGUUUUCUCAGGGUUCAAAGUAAGGUAGGUAAAGGUAGUUGAUAACGGAAUUUCCACGGGAGCGAAACCCCGGGCCGCAGUUAGUGUUAAAUAAUCAUUAUAGGAUUUUUUUCAUUCCCCACACUUUGCUUCUGAUCUAUUCGAACAAAAAACUGUACAUCGAUAUCAACAUUUCGCUCAUACAAUAAAUACGUACGUAGAAGAAACAAGACAGCCUAUCUUACCGCUUUGAGUUUUAUCCAAAUGUUAUAUCUCAUCUGGCUACGCUGGACUUGUGAAGGUGAUUUUGAAAUAAAACAUCAUGAUAAUUUUCUAACUCAAAAGAGUGAUUUUAUUAUCCUAGCACUUAUCAUAAAUAAAAUUAAGGCUAGCAUUCAGUUCUUUACCACUAAUAAAUGUUAGAACAUGUUAACGAUUGUGCACGUCAGGCCAAGUCUUGUUUAUGAUCACUUUGCAUUUGGAAAAUAAACUUUAACUAUAGCUGGAUAGAGUUCUAAUUUGCAUAAAUAUCUUUACUUUGCAUUUUUUGACACCUCUUACGGG